UUCUUUUAAGGGAGACAUCAACACCGACCUAGAAGAAUACAGCACUAAUAUUUCCUGAAUGCCGGGAUAUACGUUGUCUAUGAACGGCACAGUUGAUUCACGCUAUUUGUGUUUACGGUGCAAAAACAUCCUCAAAGAUCCAGUCCAGACGGGUUGUGGCCAUGUUUACUGCAUCUCCUGCAUUCCUCACCUCAAGAGGGAUGAUGGGACUUAUAUCUGUCUUGUUGACAAGGCACCCUUCGCAGCAGACCAGAUAUUCCACGACAACUUUAUGAAGCGCGAAGUUCUUUCCCUCGUAGUCACGUGCCCUAAUUCACCGGAUGGCUGCAAGUGGAAAGGAGAAGUAAGACAUAUUGAGAAACACCAGUCUACCUGCCCUGAGGAAAAAGAAAAAUGCUCCAACCAUAACUGUCAAAAACUUGUGAAAAGAUCCGAUCUUCAGCGACAUCAGGAACACGAGUGUCCGUAUCGCACCCAACAGUGCUCGUUGUGCGGUGAUUCUAUGACUGCUGCUGUUCUUAAGACUCAUCAAAUACAGGAUUGCAAAAUGUAUCCCAUUCAAUGUCGCGGAUGUGGCAAAGAAGGAAUUCCGCGAGGAGAGAUGGAUAGCCAUGUUAAUCCCAUUCAUGGUGACUGUGAGGCAGUCGAGAGGACCUGUGCAUUUCAACAGAUUGGUUGCAGCAACAACAAGAAAAUGAAGCAAUCCGAGGUCAAGAAACAUGAUGAGCUGAGUGCAAUUUUGCACAUAAAUCUACUUUUGACGAGUGUUCUUCGGCUGGAGGAGCAAGUUAAAAGUCAGCUCUCUAUGGGUGGUGCAUGGGGUGGUGGCACCUCCGAUCAGUGGAUGAGACGAUCGGAGAUGACCAUCGCUAACGCCAUAUCAAGCAUCGACACAGUGGUACGCGAGCAAACCGAUUUACGACAGAAACUAGAAGAUAAUUCUAUGAGACUUGUGUCGAUGGAAAAAAGAGUUUCAACCCAUAGAGACCAGUUCCCACAAUCGGCAACUUUCUCUUCGUUACACCCACUCCCCAUUUCGGACGAGAUUUCUCGACGUCUCACAAAUGCCGAAAAUGGCACCAAUAACAUCGAGUUCUUGGUAAACGAAACAAGGCGUGAGUUGAACGAAGUGAGACAAGAAGUAUCGUCUGUUAAACGCCAAUUGGAUUGCGCAGUGGACAGUAUUAGACGACUCGAACGAAGAAUGGAGUCUGUGGAACACAAUUUGGCGCUCAGAAAUGUUGUUUUGUCGGAUAUCGAAGAACAUGUUCAAAAGCAGCAAGUUUCUACAUAUAAUGGGAUCUUACUCUGGAAAAUAUCGGAU